AUGGGGAGGCCUCCGCCUCCUCCGCCUGUGUUUCGGGCGGACACGUCAGGACCGCCAGGCCUUCAACCUGCUUCUGCCUGUGAGAAGCAGCUCACGCAGCUGCAGAGACAUGUGUUGGCCUUUUGCGAACGCGUCACACCCGGCUUAAAGAACGGCUCUUACGAUUGGCUGACCCACGUGACUGAUGUGGACCCCAGAAACAUGGCAAAGAACAUCAUGUACGCUUUGCAAUGGGGUCAACGAGAUGCCUCUCAUGGGCUGCUUUUCACAAAGCGCUCAUUUGUCAAGAUGAACUCCACUCUGCUACUGUGGAGUGGAGUUUCUCCGUCUGUGCGUGCGAAGUGGUGCACCUCCUUAAACAUGUUCAUGUUGCAUGCUGGUGGCAAUGACGACAUUCAGACCCCGUUCGGGGGCAUUCUGGAGGAAGAAGGGAUGAAGAGCAGCGAUGGAAGACCCCUGCACGACUGCGAAUGGGCAAAGCAGGAGCCCAUUUGGCAGUCAGCCUCUGAUGCAGUGGUUUGGCGCAAUGGGGCUGAUUUGGUCCGAUUUCUCGUGAAGAAGCCGCUGGUGAAGGAUGGACACACGAUGCUAGCAUCGUCAUUUGGGGAUCGCAAGAUCGAAGAGACCGGUCUAUUGGAAGAUUGGCAAAAGGUGGAGACUUUUUCGUGUGUCAAUGUGGCCGAGAUGGAACAUCCUGAGACCGCGGAGCAAACAGAGCUCAAGAGCUUCGAAAGCAAGGAUUGUCGUUUCGACAAGGUGACCAAAGAACGCUACCCUGGCUGCCUCGCCAUGGGACACAUUGAGCUUGAAUUGUUUCGAGAGGUCGCAAACCAGCUGCCUCCAAGCUACGAACCACACUUGAGCAACUUGAGGCUCCCUGCUCUCCUAAAGCAGUAUGGUCCGCAGGUUGUCACAAUUUUGCCAGAUGUGAUGGAGAUGUUUGACACUGUCAUCGCAUUGGAACUCUACUUGGUGCAAUUCACGCAGGCAAGAGGUUUUUGA